AUGGUUAUAUCUGAACUAAUUAACAAUUUUGAACUUUCAAAUUAUGCAACCACUAUUCUGAAGAAUCAUUACUUUCAUCCAAAGGUUGCAUUACUAAUUAAUCAAAUACUUUCUUCAAAGAGACGGGCUGUACCAAAAUCUAUUGAGCAAAAUAUUGUCAUUCAUUUAGCUCGUGCUACACCGAUUGCGUUUUCACAUGUAGCUAUAUAUAUUGAUAAGAUAUACGGCAAAGGACAGUACACUUAUCAUUCGCUGUGCUUCUGUGAAGAUGUACCGUCCAAGGUUCAUAGACCGAGCAAUAGUCAAGUCGAUGAUUCGGCUUUGAUAUACGUUGAUGACUCCAACAAUAUUCGUCUUGGUGUAAUUGUUGGUAUUAUUCGAUUAAUAACUACUACUAACAUUAUAUUUAUCAUUGAUCAAGCGAAAAUCAUGGAUUGUGAUUUCUUCUUACUUAAUGGGAUAAAAUACAUAAAUGAUUUACUUGUCUAUACACAAUUUCCAACACCUCCAAAUACUAUUUCCAUUGGAUAUAAUUCAAUCAUAGAGAAAGCUGCUUAUCGAUUCGAUCAACAUCAGAAUUCAAUAUGUGAAUUUCACCUUUUCCCAAACCUUCUAGAAUCUACAUGA